AUGUCGGACACCAGUGUACUAAGUACAGGUACACGUAAAUAUCUAAAGGCAACUGGGAACAGGGAAAUUGGCCAACCACCUGUGCAUUCAAAUCGUACAGGAGAAAUCUUGGUUGAACACCUGUGUACUAGGCACAGGUACACGCAAAUAUCAAAAGGCAACUGGGAAAGGGGAAACAAGCCAACCACUUGUGCAGUCAAAUCGGAUACACGCAAAUAUCCAAAGGCAACUGGGAACAGGGAAACUGGCCAACCACCUGUGCAUUUAAAAUUGGGUAGGUGGCUCGGAAAAUCAUGGUUGGACAACUAA